AUGGCACACGAAAAUGCAAUGGUUCGUGCUCAAGCCCCGCAACAACAAAUCAUCGUCCAACAGCAACCGUUGAAGGCUCCAAUUCCCACCUUCGAUGGUGAUUAUGCCAACUGGCCGAAGUUCAAGGCCAUAUUCCAAGACUUGAUGGCCAACUCAGGAGACUCGAACGCGAUAAAGCUGUAUCAUCUGGACAAGGCUCUGGUUGGUGCAGCAACAGGUGCUCUGGAUGCCAAAGUAAUCAGCGAAGGUAAUUACCAGCAAGGGUGGACCAUUCUCACCGAUCGCUAUGAAAACAAAAGGAUCAUAGUCGAGACGCACGUUCGUGGUCUGUUCAACUUGCAAGGAAUGUCAUCCGGAUCCCACAAGGAGGUGCGACGUCUGCUAGAUGAGUGCACCCGCCACGUCGAGAGCCUGAAGUAUCUGGAACAGGAAUUCCUCGGUAUUUCCGAUUUGUUUCUGGUUCAUAUGCUGACGACCGCCAUGGACAACACGACCAGGAUGGCAUGGGAAGGCACACAGAAGAAGGGCGUGCUACCCAAGUAUGCGCAAACCAUUACGUUCCUGCAAUCGAGAUGUGAAAUGUUGGAGAACUGCGAAACAGCUUUCCACAAGGUUAAUGCGCAGGCCGCUUCCAAAUCGACCCCGAAGGUACAAGCAUUCCAACCGAAGCAAGCAACCCGAAGGUCCAUGCCGCCGCAACCACACCAAUCAGCAAGGAGGUUUGUGAUUUCUGCCAAGGUGCACAUCGCAACUACCAAUGCAAUGUGCUUGGGGCACACCUCCAAGGAGUGUUCAUCACCGAGGUGCUGCCAAAAGUGUCAGAAACGGCAUCAUACACAACUCCACAACGACGAGGUAAACCGAGAACCGAAAGCCAACGUGUCCGUUCCGAAAGAAGAGUCCCGCACAGUUCAACCGAACAGCACGGUAGCAAACCCGCCAUCCGGAAGAGAUAUACCGAGCACAUCCUGCUCGUGUAACUACGCCGAUUCCACGAAAACUGUGUUCCUGCUGACAGCGGUUGUCAACGUGCUGGACGAAAGCAAUCAACUGCAUUCUUGCCGAGUACUGCUAGAUAGCGGCUCUCAGAAGCAUCGUGUCAACGUUCCAAUCUGUGGCAUCAACGACGUCAGGACUGUAGCCCACGACAAGGUGAUGGUCAACAUCCGAUCUCGACUCACCGACUUCCAAGCACACGUGGAGUGUUUGGUUACGCCCAAUGUGACAGGUGUCAUCCCGCCAACAAGAAUUGACGUGUCAUCUUGGAACAUUCCCUUCGGCGUCCAACUAGCCGAUCCGGAAUUCUACAAACCGGGCAAGAUUGAUAUGCUUCUUGGUGCAGAGUUAUUCUUCAAGUUGAUGCGACCAGGUCAUAUCAAACUCGACGACAACUUCCCCGAUCUCCGUGAAACCUGCCUUGGAUGGGUUUUAGGCGGUGUAUUCACUAACACGAUCAACGCCAAUCAACCACAACAUUCGCUCAUCGUAUCGUUGGAUGACAUCGAGGAAUCCAUUCAACGAUUUUGGAGGCUCGAAGAGGUGCCAGAUUCGAGUCCUCUGACGAAGGAAGAACAGGAGUGUGAAGCCCAUUUCGUCGCCACCCACCAGCGUGAUGAAAAUGGACGAUACCAAGUGAGGCUACCGUUCAAGGAUAACGUGCACGAGCUUAGUGACUGCCGAGCGGUUGCUUUGACGCGAUUCCAGAUGCUGCAGAGGAGGCUGCAGUGGAACCCCGAUUUGAACGAGCAGUAUGUUCAGUUCAUGCGUGAGUAUGAAGAGCUGGGACACUGCCACGAAGUACGAGAAGAAGACGAUCCACCGCACCAGCAAAACUACUACCUGCCGCACCAUGCGGUACUUCGCCCAUCAAGUUCGACCACCAAGUGCAGGGUGGUAUUUGAUGCCAGCGCCAAACCAACAGUGAACCACCGUUCACUCAAUGAGGUUCUACAAGUCGGUGCAGUGGUACAGAAAGAACUCUAUGACGUCAUACUCAGGUUCUGCAAGUACCCAGUUGCAUUCACAGCCGACGUGCCGAAGAUGUAUCGACAAAUCAAGAUGCAUCCAAGGGACACACACUAUCUCCGUGUUUUUUGGUGUGAGCAGCCGUCAGAGCCACUCCGAGUCUUGGAGCUCACGACGGUUACAUAUGGAACAGCAUCGGCUCCGUUCCAAGCUACCAGGUGCUUGCAGCAGCUCGCCGAUGAUGAAUCAACCGAUUUUCCGAUCGGUGCGCAAAUCGCCAAGGAGGAUUUUUACGUCAACGAUGCACUUUCCGGUACAAAUUCACUUCCGGAGGCCCUCGAAGCAGCAAGGCAGCUGGAAGGCUUACUGAAGAGAGGAGGGUUUUCGCUGCACAAGUGGUGUUCCAACUCAAACGAAUUUUUGGACCACAUUCCAAACGAUCGACUGGAACAGCCCGUUCCAUUGGAAGAAUAUGGACCGAAUGGAGUCAUCAAAGUGCUAGGCUUGCUUUGGGAUCCAAAAGCCGAUCAUUUCCUCAUCGCAAGGCCGCCACAAUGUGAUUUGAAUCAACGAUCAACGAAGCGUAUUAUCUACUCCGAGGUGGCCAAGCUUUUUGACCCGUUAGGACUUGUGUCACCAGUGAUUGUCGUCGCCAAGCUACUAGUGCAACAGCUGUGGAAGCACAAGAUUGGCUGGGAUGAGCCCGUCAACGACUCGAUACAGGAGCGAUGGGUUGAAUUUGCAAAUACCUUGCCAGCACUCGACAAAAUCGCCAUACCAAGAAGAGUUACGUUCCACGACGCCGUGUCCUACGAAAUCCACGGUUUUGCCGACGCAUCAUCAUUGGCGUAUGGUGCAUGUGUUUAUGUUCGAAGCCUGUUCUCCAACGGUUCCGCCAAGAUGAAGUUGCUGAGUAGCAAGUCCAAGGUUGCUCCGCUACAUGACCUUUCAACGCCUCGAAAGGAAUUGUGUGCCGCAUUGCUACUAACUCGAAUCAUUCAGAGGAUUAUCCCAGCCAUGCAAAUGGAAUUCCGUGACGUGGUCCUCUGGUCGGACAGUCAAAUCGUUCUGGCGUGGAUGAAACGAUCAGCCAAUCGCCUCAAGAUUUUUAUCCGAAACCGAAUUCACGAAAUCAAUACCUCCACUGCAGGAUAUCGCUGGUGCUACAUCCGAUCUGGUGAUAAUCCAGCAGACAUCGUGUCCAGAGGUCAGCUACCAAACGAUUUGCGCAGAAACAAUCUUUGGUGGACCGGACCAAGUUUCCUCACGAAACUCGAGUACGACGAACAGGAGUUAGUCGAUAUCCCCGACCAACAGCUUCCCGAAAUGACAAGCACCGAAAUUGUCACUUCGGCUGUGGUGGAACAGUUUCCACUGUUUUCCCGCUUCAGUGACUUCAGGAAGAUCGAACGCAUCAUGGCAUUGGUACUUCGAUUCAUCGCCAACAUCCGCACCAAGAACAGGUCACAACGUAUCUUCAACCGGUACGUUACUAUUUCCGAACUCCGUCUAUCGAAUUUCACCAUUAUGAGGAUGGUUCAACAGUCAGAGCUAGCUGACGAAAUACGUCGUGUCCAAACCAACAAACCGUGCCGCAAGCUAGGAGGCUUGAAUCCAGUGUUCGUCGAUGGAUUGCUUCGAGUUGGUGGUCGGCUGCAACAUUCGAAUCUACAAGCCGAGACGAAGAAUCCGAUUAUCCUUCCGAACAGACAUCCACUGACGAAGCAGCUAAUCCGCACAAUGCACAUCGAGCAUUUGCACCUUGGGCAAAAUGGCUUGAUUGCUGCUAUGCGCCAGAGGUAUUGGUUGCUGAGCGCCCGUUCAACCAUCCGGCAAGUGACCCGCAAUUGUGUAAGAUGUUUCCGCACAAAUCCAAAUAUGUCAACGCAGCUGAUGGGCAAUCUUCCUCAACCGAGGAUAAAUCCAGCACCUCCGUUUGCAGUGACUGGUGUCGACUACGCCGGCCCAUUUUGGAUCAAGAUGGGAAAUUACCGAUCCAGGCUCAUCAAGGCUUACGUGGCAGUAUUUGUUUGCAUGGUAACAAAAGCAGUGCAUCUCGAGGUCGUGUCUGAUCUCACAUCCGACGCCUUCUUAGCUGCGCUAGCGCUACAACGGUUCAUCAGCCGAAGAGGAAUGGUGCAACAGUUGCAUUCUGACAAUGCCACCAACUUCCGAGGAGCACAACACGAGUUGCACCAGCUAUAUCAACAGUUCCAGGAUCAGCAGUUCACAGGACGUAUCCAGUCCUUCUGUCAGCCAGAUGGAUUGGUCCGAGCCAUCGAUGUGUCGUCUAACGGAGCUACCUACCGACGACCGAUCAACCGGAUCGCAGUUUUGCCGAUUGAGGACAACGAGCCACCAACCCUGAGUGAUGUUGAAUCUACGAGUCAACCGGGCGGAGUAUGUUCCGUGCGAAACAAGCUAUAG